AUGAAAAAGCAGAGACAGCCAAGGAUUUUAAAAGGAGUAGUUCCUGGGAGGAAGAAUAAGUACGCUGAUAGCUUUCAUGCAGAGGAGAAUACAGUACUGGUAAACAAGCUUUGCCAGUACUACCAAUGUAUGUUUGGGGGAGCAGCCAAAAAGACUUCAAGAGCAAAGAAGGACAAUCGGUGGAGGAAGAUUGUGGCAGCGGUGAAUGCUGUUGGAGGGAACAACCGCACCCAGGAGGUGGUGAAGAAACGUUACUACGACAUCAGGCGGAUGGUGAAGAGGAAGGUGAAGGCAGCAGCCGCCUCCAGGAAGACAGGAGGCGGUUUACAAGAACCGGACCUGCUGCCCUAUGAAGAGGAGCUCCUGCAGUUCCUGGGAAGAGACAACCUCCUUGGGAUUGAGGGGACAUCUGGCACUGAAACAUCUGAAGGUUCUGAUGGUACUCUCCCCCUGCAAGAGGAGGGUACCAUUACCCUAACAGCAGUGGAUCCUGAUUCAGUGACAUCAGUGGCCGAAGAAAUGCAGUCGCCACAACUUCUUUCACCAUUGGCUGCGCUGUAUGCGACUAUCCAGGCUCGUCAAGCUGAACUGGAGACGUCCAUACAGCAGGAUAGGGAGAAUCAGCAAGAACUAUUGCAGAAUGUAAUAACCGAGGUACGCUCCAUGUCUAACGUUUUGAAUGAGGGCGUUAGGCAAUUUACAUCAGCAAUGGUUUCCUUGCAGCAAAAUAUGCAGCGCUUUAUGGAAAUGAGGGAGGAAGAGUGCAUUUUAAUGCGUGCGCAAGCUGCCCAUAAUUUGGGCAUAACCAUUGCUGAUGUAGAUAGCCUAGUUCGUGAACGACAUGCGCAGGGUCUUCCCAGAAGGGAUGAUGAUGAUGAAUAGA